AUGAAAACUUUGCUGCAUUACUUGUUCCUCUUCUGCUUCAAUAUCCUCCUCCCUGCAGUUCACAGCCAGUGUAUUAAAGACCAGCAACAAUCGUUGCUCCAUUUGAAGAAAAGCCUUCAAUUUGAUCCAUCUUCAGGGCUAGCCCCGCUCAUAUCUUGGGAUUCAAGCACCGACUGUUGUUCUUGGGUUGGUGUUGCUUGCACUAGCAAUGGGCAUGUUGUUAGUCUUGACCUUAGCGCUGAAACUAUCUCCGGUUCAAUUCCAGGAUCCUUUGCCAACUUUCCAAACCUGAGGAAGUUGGACUUGAGUGGGAACAACAUCUCCGGUACAAUUCCAGGAUCCUUUGCCAACUUUUCAAACUUGAGGGUGUUGGACUUGAGUUCAAACAACAUCUCCGGUACAAUUCCAGGAUCCUUUGCCAACUUUCCAAACCUGAGGAAGUUGGACUUGAGUGGGAACAACAUCUCCGGUACAAUUCCAGGAUCCUUUGCCAAUUUUUCAAAGUUAACUUCCUUGAGUCUCAGAGGUUGUCAGUUGAAUGGAACAUUUCCAAAAGAGAUCUUUCAGAUUCUUGAUAUGUCUAAUAAUUCUCUGAGUGGCAUGAUUCCCCAAUGCUUGACUGCAAUACGCGAUAUCAGUGUACUUAACUUAGCGAGAAACAACCUCACUGGAACUAUUUCUAAUGUUGAAGUUUCUGAAGAUAGUUCAUUGGAAAUUCUAGAGAUCAGUAGAAAUCAGUUCGGUGGCCAGGUUCCAAAGUCUCUAGCUAAUUGCACUAAGCUGAAAGUUUUAAACAUUGGAAACAAUAAUAUAACAGAUAGCUUCCCAUGCUUGUUGAAGAACAUGUCCACCUUGAGUGUCCUUGUUUUGCGGUCCAACAACUUUUAUGGAGGCAUUGAAUGUCACAACACCAAUGGCACCUGGCCAGAGCUUCAAAUCAUAGACCUAGCUCACAAUAAUUUCCGCGGUGAAAUACAGGGAAUACUUUGGAGAACAUGGCAGAAAAUGAUGGUUACCGAAGAUGGUUUCCAAUUGACAGUCAACGGCCAUGAGCAUAGAAAGAUAAAUCCGGGUCAGUAUAGAAGGAGCAGUGUCAGAAAUGAGAAGGUUUCUUUGGACUUUUAUUAUGGUUUAAUUAUAACAGUUACCAACAAAGGUUCAGAGAUGACUCUGGUAAAGAUUCUAUCUAUCUUCACCUUGAUUGACUUUUCAUGCAACAAUUUAAGUGGACCAAUACCUAAGGAAAUGGGAGAAUUGAAAUCACUACAUAUCCUUAACUUGUCCAGAAAUGCUUUCACAGGCGAAAUCCCAUCCUCAUUUGUUAACAUGGGAGCACUCGAGUGCUUGGACCUGUCACAGAACAAGCUGAGCGGGCACAUUCCACAAGAGUUGGGAAAGCUUACUUUCCUUUCGUUCUUGAAUCUCUCAAAUAAUCAAUUGGUCGGCAGGAUCCCAACCAGUACUCAGUUUUCAACAUUUCCAGAAGCCUCCUUUACAGGUAAUAAAGGACUAUGGGGGCCUCCUUUGACAGUGGAUAACAAAGCAGGAUUGUCACCACCACCAACAGUGAAUGGAAGGCCUCCAAAUUCUGGACAUCAUCCUGAGGUUAAUUGGGAUCUUAUCAGUGUCGAAAUUGGAUUCACAUUUGGCUUUGGAGUUGCCAUUGGGUCACUUGUGUUGUGCAAGAGAUGGAGUAAGUGGUAUUACAGGGCUAUGUACAACAUCCUUCUCAAGAUAUUCCCUCAGUUGGAGGAAAGAAUUGGUAUUCAUCGAAGACAUGUUCACAUAAAUCAAAGGUGGUGGAGACGUUGA